AUGUCUACACAACCCAUAAUUACGAGUAACUCGAAAGAUUCCAAGGAUUCAAGCGAGCAUCCAACCAGUGAUGUCCCUACAGUAUUCGAUGUUGCAUCAGAUAUCCAACAAAGCUUACAAGACCUUCUUCGAAAGGUGAAUGAGGAUGAUGCAGUGUUUAAUAAAUCUGUGAACUCAAUUUACGAUAAAUUGAAAAAGAUGGAAGAGUAA